AUGGCACAGAGAACGACGAUAAAACUGGAGGCAGUGGCAGUCUGGUUACCAGAGUCAGUCUCCCUGCAGAAAUGGGCAACACCAUACAAGGCACCAUCAAGCAGGAAGCAUCUUGCGAGAUCAACAGCAGUUCACAAUAUUUUGAGUACAAGUGCAAUAACUGCAAAAAUACAUUUGCAAGGGUUGAAGGAACACAAACAUGUGGAGGGAGUAGUUGGCACGUCAGCCACGUGGCGAGGCGGCGGGGGUGGUGGUGGGGACCGAGGGGUGGACGGGCGGAGCACGGCGGCUCUCGGGGCUCAUAGGCACCAGCGCCAGCUCAAGCACCAGCAGUGCACGGGCGGCCGCGGCGAGGGACGUGUCUGGAUACUCAACAGCGUGCACGUGUCGAAGACAUUUCGACGGAGAAGACACUUUUUCUCCUCCAUCAUGUCUUGCAGAAGCACUAGUUGGCUCAUCUGCGUCUUUAUGGCAGUAGCCAUAGCAGCUGACUACAGUGGCUCGAAGUCCAAGACAGACUGGUCCAACGUGUCAGCAGUCGGUGAGGACGGGGAGACGGCGGCCGCGGACCUGGCUCCCCUGCUGGACGCGAGUAGCGGCGCUGUGGUGACUCUGGUGGCGGACGAGACGCGCCUGGUGGCGCACAGGGCUGUCCUCGCCGCCAGGUGCCCCGUGUUAGCCGCCAUUUUUGCCCACGACGCGCCGAAGGCCAGCGGCGGCCAGGUCAGCAUCGCGAACGUGGAGGGCCCGGCGCUACGCCACCUCGUGGCCUACUGCUACACCCUCCGGGCCCCCCAGCUGCGCGGCACAGCCCACCAGCUGCUGGCCGCCGCUGACAAGUUCGGCUUGCCAGCUCUCAAGUCUGCCUGCGAGCAGCAGGUGGCCGCGCAGCUGUCUACGGAGACUGCGGCGGCUGCAGCUGUGGUCGCAGUCAGGCACGGCACUGACAGCCACAGGCAGGCCGUCGUGGCCUUUGUAAAGGCCCACCUGCUCCACGUGGUGGCCACCCGGGGUUGGGCAGAGGCGCUGCGAAGCCACCCCGAGGACUUGUUCGAAGUGAUUCGGCUGCUGUCUCGUCCGUCAAACGAGACCGACACUCCAGCCACUGAAGACAGCAGGGCGACGGCGGCCGGCAGCUCCAGCGAGCAAAGCUGUACUCCCGUGGCAGCUGCACCACCAGUGGAAGCCUGCCCCACUCCACCACCUGGUGACGCUGAAGUCUCUCGCAUGAGGAGACUUUCGGGAAGAGAGAAGGGCAGGAGGCUGCUGGAAGCUGCUCAGCAGUCACGAAUGUCAGAAAUGCGAGCCCUGCUGGCUGCAGGUGCGGACGUGGGGGCGACGGACAGCGACGGUUGGACCGCCCUGCACUGGGUGGCAAGAAAUGGACAGGUGGAGAUGGCCAAGUGUCUACUGGCUGCAGGGGCAGACGUCGAGGCCAAGGGUCAGUGGGAAUGGACCGCCCUGUUCUGGGCAGCACGACAGGGGCAGGUGGAGGUGGCGAAGACUUUGCUUUCCGCAGGGGCUGACCUGGGGGCGAGGGACAUGUGGCAGAACACGCCCCUGUUCCUGGCUGCAAUGACUGGACACACGGCUGCCGUGCGCUUUCUGGUGGCGUCCUGUGCCGACCCCAACGCCACGGAGGAGAAUGUGACGACUCCGCUGCACUGGGCAGCGUACAAUGGGCACGCAGAUGCAGCAGCUGCACUGUUGGAGGCAGGCGCCGACAAGGGGGCCAGGAAUAGAUUUGGCCGCACCCCUCGGGAUGAGGCCAGGAAAUGGAACGACCGGCAGCUGAUAAACAUGCUUAGCUGAAGCCAGCACACCAGAAAAAUGACUGUUGUGUAUAAACAGCUGCGUUUUUUGAAAUAAAUUAUACAAAAAUA